GACUCUUGGUAGUCUAUAGAUUUUGUUGACAUUAAUAUUUGAGUUUGUAUUGUAUCGCAAAUUGUGUAGUGUGUUAUUUUUAAACUCUGCUAUGAAACAAUAACAUUCAAUUACAACUACUGAUUAAGACUAUCCUGAAUCGAUUAAGUAAUUUAUCACAUCAGUUGGAGGAAUUAAGGCCAUCACCAUGACAGACAAGGUGCUGGACGAGAAAACCUGGCCGCAGGAGGCGGAGGCGGCCAUCAGCGACAUCCGCAAGCACGUGAAGAGCGCGUGCAUCUCGCCGCAGCUGCUAAGCAACAACCAGCGCAUUUACAUCAACCUCACCACGCUCGAGAACACCGACUACUGCAUCGAGAUGUCCGCCAACGGGUUCAGGGUCGUGGGCAGGAAGUACGACGACACCACGCUGUCCGGCAUAGAGAACAUGAACUACGAGACGCCCUACGCUCUACUCAACAACAUCAGCCAGAAGUACAGAGAGUCGUUCGGCGGCGAGCUUAUGAACAAACUCCUGGAUCUAGCCGCCAGGAACUCUGAAGGCUGAAUCAUUACUCACACGCUGCAGUCCUGUGCUGAGUAGGCCACAACACAAGCCCUUGACAAAGAUGCUUGCUUGAGCGAAAGUGCAAUUUUUGGUUAUGUUUACGUUUGAAAUAAAACUAACUUAAUUUACUAUAGAUCUGUAAUAAUUUAUAAGGAUGUUUUGGAGUGUCACGUUUUUAAUAUGCAUAGUUAGUUGUAUUUCAAUGAAUAAUAUUCACAUAAAUAUCAGAAGUAUUAUAUAAAUAAGACAUCUGUAUCAGAUCAGGGUUAUCGCGUCGAUUUCUUAAAGAUAUAUUGACAACUUUGUCGGUUUUUGAUUGUUGAAUUUUAUGGUGGAAAUGUGUCAAAUGUUCACCCGUCAGUAUUCACAUGUGCUAUAAUUAAAUGUUUAUGUAUGUACUAAGUUUAUAUAACUGUGUAGAUUAGUUAAACUAACGUGUUUCUAGUGGCGGCUGCGGUCUUAAGCUAUUAGCAUAGAGAUCUUUCUUGUUACAAAUUGGAUUAUUGAAUAUUUAUGAACUCUGCAUGACUACAUAUUCAAAUUUUGUCAUGUAAAAUAUAAUGAAUAGAAAAUUCCUCUUAAUUAUUUUGUUGAAUUGGGAAUGUCUGAGCGUCGCAUACUUGCGCUAGAAUCGUGUUAGUCCCAGCAUUGUCGCUUACGACCUGUGCUAACCGAAUGUAAUGGUGUCAAGCGCACCGCCGCGCGGGCCGUGGGGACAAAUGACGUGACGAAAUGCGCUUGCUUACAAAUUACUCGCUUCCUGCGUCGUUUGCUGCACCAUUCAUUCAGUUGAGCUCCUAAUCAUUGUUCUUAUAGAAUGUAAGAAAGAUUCCAUUCACACAUAUCUGUGUACGACAUUUAUGGGUACCAUGAACGAAGAAAUAUCAUGUAUUAAUUAUACUAUGCCCUAAACGAUGUCGAUAUGUACUUUUUAGUUAUAAAUAAGGCCAGUAGUUAUGCUGUGGCUGAGCAUAACGGUCAGGUACAAUGUGUGACUAACGUGAGAGCGUGCUGCCGAGGCCGAUGGUAUUAAUGUUCCCAUUGUGUAGUGUUCCCCACUGAGUGUCACGGUGUGUCGCUACUGUGCAGCUUUACACGGCAUUUUAUUAGUACAAUCGUCGACAGACUGAGUACAAACUUGUACCUCUGUAGUUUGGGCACAUGUCGUAGAUAGCUCACUUUAUCUCACGAUGUUAUAAUUAGUAGUGUUUGUAUGGCUAAAUUGCUAUAUUUAUGGCUGUAUGGUAGAUUGAUUACAAAUAAUAUCAAUCUGUAUGUGUAGGGAUUAUUAAUGUUUACAAGUGUUAUUUGAAUGUUAGCCUAGCCCUUCAUUUAAUAAAUUAUGUUCAUACACGGCCUAAUAUCAUGAGGAGUACCUGUAACAAAUUCAGUUUACUAGAGCUACCGCCACAUGUCCCCAAACUAGCAUCUAUUUAGACAUAAUAUACACAAUAUAGAGUAGUAAACUUGUUUGUGAUAGUAAAAUAAAUUGAUAUAAUUAUGAAA